CGGCCGUUUCCGGCUCGGGCCGCCGCAGCGCUGUCCGGCCGGGGCCGCUCGGGGGCGGUGCCGGCGCCGGCGGCGGAGAUCGGAGCGUGGCCCGGCCGCCAUGGCGUCCCCGUCCCGCAGGCUGCAGACGAAGCCGGUGAUCACCUGCCUCAAGAGCGUCCUGCUCACCUACAGCUUCGUGUUCUGGAUCUCUGGCAUUAUCCUCCUGGCAGUUGGCAUCUGGGGCAAGGUGGGCCUAGAGGUGUAUUUCUCCCUGUUAAAUGAGAAGGCCACCAAUGUCCCCUACGUACUCAUUGGCACAGGCACUGUUGUCAUUCUUCUGGGCACUUUUGGCUGUUUCGCCACCUGCCGUGGAAGCACAUGGAUGUUAAAACUGUAUGCCAUGUUCUUGUCCCUCAUCUUCUUGAUUGUGCUGGUGGCUGCUGUUGUAGGAUUUGUGUUCAGACAUGAGAUUAAGAACAACUUUGAAAGCAACUACAGUCUUGCUCUGAAGAACUACAAUACAACAAUGGAUCCCCACAGCGAGGCGGUGGAUACCAUCCAGAGAACUUUACACUGCUGUGGAGUCCAGAGCUACUCAGACUGGGUGAACACUACCUAUUUUGCACAGAAGGGAAUCCCUCUGAGCUGCUGCAAGUUCCAAAACUGCACAGAGAGUGAUCUGAAGGAGCUGGAUAAAGCCAAGGCUAUGGUGUAUGGUAAUGGUUGUUUCAGUAUGGUAACAACAGUUAUGGAGUCCAAAAUGGGCAUUGUGGCUGGUAUCUCCUUUGGCGUCGCUUGCUUCCAGUUGGUUGGGAUCUUUCUCGCCUGCUGCCUUUCCCGGUACAUCACAAACAAUCAGUACGAGAUGGUGUAAUAAGCCAGCGUUUGACCAGGAAAUUUCCUCUGAUCUCCCUCCUCUGGAGAGCACUUCAUGACCUCCAGUUUUCACCUGGUCCCAGCCUGCUGAAAUCAUGUUUGAACUGACUGAUCCUCUUCAGAAUCAGCUCACGGAAUUGUGUACCAGCUGUUCUGUUGCAGUCGGGGAAUUGCCAAAACACUAUUCUUUUGUAACACUGAAUGGGGUAAUUAGUAUACCUGGGGUGGUUAUAAUAACUACAUUCCUCCAGGCUCCCACAACCCCACCUCUUCAGUUUGAUUGCACAAUGAAGUAGCAUGAUAUGACACUGCUCUCAUGUCAUUCUUAUACUUUUUGCUUGUUAUUUAACUGGAAUUCACCAUUAGUUUUGGAGGUGUAUUGUCUGCAUUAGGAACGAAGCACUCAUUGCUUUCUCUUCUGCCGUUGGCCAUUUAAAUUAUAUUAUGCACAUCAGCCUCUGUCACUGAUCCAUUGACACACACCUAUUGUUGCAACUGGCUGGUCCUAUCAUGCUUUUCA